CAAAUUAUAAUAUAAGGGGCGGGAAAGGAGCACAAGCUACAGACGUCGGGCGACUUUUUUAAACGUUUUAUGUCAGGACCUUCUUUCCUGCAUGUGGUACCUCGAGCACGAUAAAUAAUACAUGCUGGACGAAGCAGCCGAUACUCCACGCAGUCCUGGCAAGCGAAGCAGCAGGACCUCCAACCGUGCAGGCAUGGCGCGCGCUGACAUGCGGCGUGGACACGUCCACCCGGCCCCUUGUAGGCCAGACACGCGUUGGGCGAUUUAUCCCUGAUGACAUCAACACGCGGGAAGCCAAAAAGCAGGCACCGUAGCAAACUGCGCAGCACUGCUGGCUUGUGGCUCUGCAGGGGUGGGUGGGGGAACCUGGGGGAACGGGCAGACACGUAUCCGGGAUGCACGCCUGCGGGCGCGCAGCACUACCGAACAACAGUCACGGCACAGGGGGGGCGGGGGCGGGGACGGCUUGUGGGCCCGGGCGGAGCAGUGAGAGCGGUGGCUGGCCGGGAACGGCUGAGGUGGAGGGUGGCAACAGCUCGGGCCCGCGGGUCGCGUGUGAAUGAGCCGUGCCGCGUCAUUGCAUGCCGCGACUGAACGCGAGGCGGCGAGCAGCAGCGCGGCCCUGUUGUUGUUCGAGCAAUAUACAGCUGGCCCAGACUCAAAGUCACUCACGCGUUGCAAAUCAUGUCCUCGCAGCAACGGUCUUUCUGGGGCGGUAGCAACGACACGCCCCCGCCGUCGCCCGCCGCCGCCACCCCAAUGCACCCGCCGCCGCCGCCGCAGCAGCAGCCUGCGGGAGGCGCGGGCCGGGCGCCCGGGCCGCCGCCGCCGCCGCCGCCGCCCUGCCCUGUGAAGAGCCUGACCCAGUUCGGCAGCCUGGCCCGUGACGUGCUAGUGGGCAACAAGGCGGAGGGCCUGUUCGGUGUUCCCGGCGCCGCCAAGCUGUCAAUCAGCAGCACCACCAGUGCCGGCGUCAGCAUCACCACCACCGCCACCAGCAACACAGCAGGCAGCAAGCCCCCCGCCGGCCAGGUCCUGGCCGCCUACGCCGCCCCCGACGGCGCCUGGCUGGGGGAUGUGCUGCUCAGCAGCGGCGGCAUUGCAGAGCUGACAGUGUCACGUGGCUUCACCCUGCCUGCCUCCCUCUACACCUCCCCCCGCGACCGCGACCGCGACGGAGCAGACAGCGGCAGUAGCAGCGGCAGCGGCAGCAGCGGCAGUGGCGGCGGCAGUAGCGCCAAGCUGCGGCCGCCGCUCAAGCCGGGCCGGGUGGUGGUGGGCGGGGUGGUGUCGCUGCCGGGGCUGAGCAGCCGGGAGCAGGCGCUGCCGCCCAAGUUCACCCUGGACUAUGCCGGCACGUACUGGCACGCCAAGACCGCCACCUCCCUGCCUCUGGCGCCCGGCGGCGGCAUGGGCCGACCCAGCCUCACCGCCUCCGCCGUCACCGGCGCCGGCCGCCUGGCCCUGGGGGCUGACGUCAGCCUCACUGUGACUGGCGGUGGCGGAGGCGGCAGUAGCAGCGGUACUGCUGCUGCUGGUGCUGCGGGUGCUGGCGGGGUUGGCAGUAGCAGUGGAGGCGGCGGCGGCGCGGGGGUGCGGCUGACCCGGUGGGGGGCGGCGGCGGCGUGGCACGAUGAGCGGCAGCAUGUGGCGUUGCAGCUGCUGCAAAGCGGCAAGACCGCCAGCCUGUGGUACGGCUACUGCCUGCAGCCCGGCGUGACCCUGGGCGUGUCGGCGGAGGCGGAUGUGUCCGGCGUGCGCCUGGCCCCCGCCCCUGCUACAGCCGCCCCUGCUACAGCCGUCGGCGCGGCCGCCACGGCUACUGCCGUCGAGGGCGCCGCCGUUGCCGGGCGCCAUCCUUUCAUGCCGCCGCCCACGUUUGCUGUGGGAGCGAGCUUCCGGCUUCCGGCGGCGGCGUCUGCUAACGGUGGCAAGUCCGGCAGUAGCAGCGGUAGCGGAGGCGGCAGUAGCAGCGGCGGGGGUGUGGUGAAGGUGAAGGCGGCCAGUGACGGCACGGUGUCGGUGCUGUACCGCGACGUCACGGCCACGGGGCAGCGGCUCACGCUGACGGCGCAGCUGGACGCACUGGACCUGACCAAGAGCCCGCGGCUGGGCAUGAGCGUGGACGUGUGAGGAUGACGACAAUACAGUGGGGAGGAGGAGGGGGAAGAAGUAAGGGGUGGCAGCAGGGACGGAGGCGCGA